GUUCAUUCUAAAAUAAAUUUCAUUUAUAAUCGAAAAUUUAAUUUUCAUUUUUCCCCGAAAUAGAAUUCGAUCCGGCAUAAUUUAUCGUUACAUAAUCGAUUCAUGCGCGUGCAGAAUGAAGGAACCGGCAAAUCGAGUUGGUGGAUGCUGAACCCUGACGCAAAACCAGGGAAAUCAGUUCGCAGACGCGCCGCAUCGAUGGAAACAUCGAAAUAUGAGAAACGCCGUGGCCGUGUGAAAAAGCAGGUGGAAAGUUUGAAAAAUGGCGGACUUGCAAGUUUGUCUGGAAUGAACGAAGCUUCUUCGCCCAGCAGCAGUAUCAGUGAAGGUCUAGAUCUGUUUCCAAACAGUCCGCUCCUCAACACCGGGUUUCAAUUGUCGCCCGAUUUUCGGCAAAGAGCCUCAUCGAAUGCCAGUUCGGCUGGUCGGCUGAGUCCAAUACCAUCCGUUAUCGAUUUGGAUCCCAGCUGGAAUCAAUACACAACAAUAUCUCAGGACUUUGACACGAAUUCACUUGGGUGCAAUAACCUGCAAGGAACCACUGAUGGAGCCAUUCAAAUUAAUCAGUGCCCGACGCUGGAUCAAUUAGCGGGCUCGUUGGCCGACGAUCUGAAUAUUCAAAACGACUUUAUGCAAGGAUUCAAUCCCGUUGUAACUGUGCAAAAUCAACCGCCACCACCUCCUUAUCAACAGCCAUCUCGAACGUAUUCCAUGAAUGCGGCAAAUGCUUUACAAGCUUAUGCGGUAUCACAACAGCAAACUCAAUGCCCCAUCCACCAACGACAACCAUGUUCUUGUACACAAAAUUCCACAGAGCAUGUAACACCGCCAUCAUGUAUAUCACCAUCGUAUCCAAAUAACGUGCUCAGCCAGAACUUCAAGGCAGCUAUCAAUUCGAUUAAGGUGCCGCCUGUCAAUUCAACGCCAAAUCUCGUGAAAUCAAACACCAAUAAAGGUAUGUCAUAUUUGCGGAUUCAGAAUGGCCCGUUCUGUUUGGUGCCGUUUUUCUGGUGUGCCAGUAUGCCUAUGUGUGUAUUAUAUGUGCUUUUCAAUAAUAAGGUUAAUAUCAAUCGAACGAACAUGAAAUAAAAAGAAUAACUGCGUCGCAUCAGUUUGUUGCCAAUUUGGGUUUUUGGUCGAUUUUCCAUGUUCUCACAUUUUGCCAAUUCAUAUUUUCCCAACGAAUUCACACUUGAUUCGUUUCGAAUACCAAUUAUUGCAAAGCCAAUAUAAUCGCACGCAUCCACUUACAAAAAGCAUAAAAAAGUUAUAUUCGGCUACUGAGAAGCCGAUAGAAUGAGAAAACCAAAAUUGAUUCUUCGAAAAGAAUCGUGCCAGCGCUUAUUACAUCGCCUUUUCUUCACCUUUUUUCACUUCCUUUCAAUAACCUUUAUUGAAUACGCAAACAAAUUUCAAAAUAAUACCAAUUCCAUUGGAUUUAUUCAAGUGAAGACGCCCGUGCGCGCGCUUCCGCAGGAGCGACCUCGUAACGCAUGUUAUUUUUGGACACUUUACGUCCUUUAUGCGGAAAUGCUAAUUACAUCUAUUUAAUUUUGAUCAUGUUGUCAUAGAGACAUUGAAUACAUAUUACACAGUAGGGGUGAUCAAUUUUUAAGAAAAAAUGGAUUCAAAAUUUAAUAG